UUACAUGUGGGUCACGCGAAACCGCAUUACACACAGUUCAGCCCUCCACCAGCAGCGAUGGGAAAACAAACUUUAGCUAACCGCUAGAGAUAAGAAUCUGUCAGUUAUAAUCGUGGAAAUAGAAGCUGAGUGUCGAUUAAGAUGCCAUUUAGGAGCUGUCUUUCAGAGGGGCUGGUGAAAAAGUGGAGUCAGUGAGACGCUCCAAGUUGCGGGAUUAGUUUUCUCGCAGCCUGACAGCGGAGGCGGACUGCGGUGGGAUGGGCUGUGAGCUGUUCAAGAUGGCGGCGCCCUGUGGAGUCAAUCUACUCUAACAGAGGUGCCUGGAGACUGUAUUGGUGGGCGGGCCCCAGGAGUCCUCCAGGCAAGCCGGGACUGACACUGUGAGAGAGAAGCGGCCUCCACCUCAAACACUGCCACCCCCACCAUGGCUAGGGAGCAACCCAACGUCGGGGAUCUCCUCCCGCUCUUGGAGACCUCUGACCUCCAAGAGCUCGAAGAGAUCCGAAGCCUUAUCAACGAGCAGCUCAGCACCGAGCGAGGCUCCAUGCUCUUGAACAGCUUGGUGGAUUACUUUUUGGAAACCAACUCCACCCAGGCCUUGCAUAUCCUUUCCUCAGUCAGAGAGCCACAUGAUAAGCACCUUCUAGACAAGAUGAACGACUGUAUGGCCAAACCAGCUUGCCGGCUGCCCACCCUCAUGCUGCUCGGCCACGUGGUCCGCAAGCAGCCAUCUUGGAUCCACAAGAUCGCCCGUUACCCGCUCCUGCUCUCUCUGCUGAAAUGCCUGAAGACAGAUACAGAUGUAGUCGUACUCAUAACCGGGGUGCUGGUUCUCAUCACCCUGUUGCCCAUGAUCCCUCAAGCUGGGAAGCAACACCUGUGGGAGUACUUUGAUAUCUUCGGCCGCUUGGCAUCUUGGAACCUCAAGAAUCCGGGCCACGUAUCUGAGGUUUACCUGAUCCACCUGCAUGCCAGCGUCUACUCCCUCUUCCACAGACUCUAUGGGAUGUAUCCGUGUAACUUCGUGUCUUACCUUCGCUCCCAUUACAGCAUGAAGGAGAACAUGGAAACCUUUGAGGAGGUGGUGAAGCCAAUGCUUGAACAUGUUCGCAUACAUCCUGAGCUGGUGACGGGAACCAAGGACCAUGAGCUCGACCCAACCAGGUGGAAAAAGUAUGAAAUCCAUGAUAUCGUCAUUGAAUGUGCCAAAGUGUCCCUAGACCCAAAGGAGGCUUCCUGUGAGGAGGGCUACGCCACCAUGCCUGAGAACUUCUACCCCCAAACCCACCUGCGCGCCCAAGACUCCACUUCCAGCCCAUACACAGACCUCCACAGCAGCUACGGAAGCUCUUCUUCGACCCCAUUCUCGACUCCACGGCAGCCGCUCCCCACGCCCCUGUCCUUGCCUCCCCUCUCAGGGACACAGCCCUGUCGCAGCCCGCAGGCCUCCAGGCGGCAGAACUCAAACAGUGAACUGAAUUCAUCCUGUGGGGGGAAAGACCCUCUGUGGAGCCCCUCCUCGCUGUGCGGUAUGGCCACGCCCCCUUCCUCACGAGGCAUGUCGCCCAACCUGGAGCUCUCCCACAGUGCCUCACACCUUCCCAGCCGCUUCCACUGCACAUCAGGAGGAAAAGGAACGCCUGCAUCCAGCACUCCAGCCACCUCAUCUCCUCCUCCUACUCUGUCAGAUGACUUCCCAGUAAUCUCCUUACCAACCAGCACAGUCCAAUCCAGUCCUCCUAGAAAGGAUCGUCGACAAGGAGAGAGCAACAAGCCUGGGCUGGUGAGACAGGAACAAGUCAGAGAGACGGAGAAGAGUGGAGAGGCAGCUCCAGCCAGAGACGCAGGAAGUGCAGCGAAUGUCUCUAUGACGCUGACAGAGCUGUCAGUUUUCCUAAAGAGGCAGGAGCUUGACCUUCAACUGAGAACGGAGAAGGAAAGAGAAGAAGCUGCCAUCACAGAGGAGCUGAUGAAACUCACUGAAGAUAAGCAGGAGCUCUCAGGGCUGAGGGGCUAUGACUCCCCUUUCUUUCAUACCACUGAGACCCUCACAGGCCGCCAAACGCAAAACCAGACGCCCUCCACCAAUGCCCACCCAUUAGGAGCAGUCAGAGAGGCCCGUUACGCUGCAUCGACACCAGACAGAGCCGAGAACGCCGCAAGCAGCAGCACUGCCGUCGGUAGCGAAAGAGUAGCAGCAGCAGGCGGUGAAAGCCGGAGCUCCGCCAUCGAGCAGGCCUGGUCCUUUCAGUCCGGUUUUACCCCCAUCGAUCACCACCUGCACAGGAGCCCCUCAGGCCCCGACGGUGAAGUGGGCAAGUUGGAGAUGUUCUCACCGAGCCCAUGCAGCAAGACGCCGGCGCCGUUGCCCUACGAGUCCUUGUUCGCCUUGGCCCUGCCGAGGGCCGCCUCGCUGUUUGUGGGCCAGAAAACGUCGGAGGCGGUCCACAAGGUGGCGAUGGAGAGGCUGCUGCAGCAGGAAGAGGGUCUGGAGGAUGGGGAGGAGGAAGGGGUGGUGUCUGCUUCACCACUGGAGGUGCUGGAUCGCCUUGUUCAGCAGGGGAGUGACGCCCAUGAUAAAGUUCUCAAGAGAUUACCUUUGCCAAGUAAGUCAGCUGACUGGACACACUUUGGAGGCUCGGCUCCUCUGGACGAGCUCCACACGCUGCGCAGCCAGCUGCUCCUGCUGCACAACCAGCUGCUGUACGAGCGCUACAAGAGGGAGCAGCACGCCGUCCGCAACCGACGGCUCCUCCGACGGAUCAUCAAUGCCACUGCGCUGGAGGAGCAGAACAAUGCAAUGAAGGACCAGAUGAACCUGCAGAGCGUUGACAUCACGUCUCUGAGGGACAGCCUGCAGGUGGAGCAGCAGCGAUACCGGCAGCUGUGGGAGGACCGGGAGACGGUGGUGACCAGGCUGCACAGUCAGAUCCGACAGCUGCAGCAGAGCCGGGACGAUUACUACACCAAGAACCAGGAGCUUCAGAGCAAGUUACAGGAGUGUCAGAAGAGGAUGGAUGACCUGGAGGCGGAGCUUCAGAGGGCCAACAACAAAGUCUGCCACACAGGACACCUUCUAAACCAGAUGACUGUCAAGCUGCGCAACAGCGAGAGCACCCAGCAGCAGAUGAGCUUCCUGAACAAGCAGCUGCUGCUCCUGGGGGAGGCACAUAAGCUGUCCAUGCAGGAAUCCCAGCAUGCAGGGAGGAGUAACACAAAGGAGACCCAGAUGCUGCAGAUGUCCCAUGUGAAGGAAGUGGACACACUGAGGCAGAGUCUGCUGGCUCAGGGACAGAAACUGGAGGCGGCACAGCAGCGAGUGGCCGAGCUGGAGACCCAUCUCUCCAAGAAGGAGCACCUCAUCGCAGAGCAGAAGAAGUUCCUGGAAGAUGUAAAAUGCCAAGCAAAGGCGGAACUGCAGGCUUCAGACAGCAGGUAUCAGGCUCAGAGGAGAAUCACUCAGCUGCUGCAGACCGAGCUCCUGCAGCUCUACAGCCGAGUGGAGAUGGAGGCUCCAGCCGGCCCCUCCGGCGCCACCAGCAGCAGUUCACCACCAGAGGGCAGAGCUGACUCACAUAUUCACGCAGACUCCAGCGUCCCUGAUGCAGGCGGACAUCUUGCCAAUGAGGAACCGGAGAGUAGAUCACCCCAUGAUUCCCCUCGGGGGACCAAUGGCAGCACUUUAUCACCAGGGCAACCAAAGGCCUGCAGCUCUUCCAAGCCCACAGCCAAUUCCAUAAACGGAGGUCAGGACCUGACCCCUCCCCUGCUGAUGGAGCCGUCCCCAUCCUGCCGCCACCCAAAGCCGCUGGCCUCCCUGCCGGCAUCAGACACGCCGCUCACCGUGGGCUCAUACCCCAGCGCCAAGACCUUCCUGGGCAUGAAGACGCGCGAGCUGUUCCGCAACAAGAGCGAGAGCCAGUGUGACGACGAACAGCCGCUGCCACCCCUCGCCGGCCUCGCCCACGGUCUGAAAACUGAGCUGUGUAUGGAGCCGGGCUCAACCCCUGCCGCUCCCGUCACUGUGCACGCCAAGGUGCCCACAUCUGAGCCCAGACUGCGACCUCCCGGCCAGGGUAGCCCCCGCAAGAAGGCUGGGCCCGGACCGGGCGGCGGCAGGGGCCCGGGAGGGUCGGUUCGCCCCCGGCAACAGCAGCUAAAGAUCAUGGACUACAAUGAAACGCAUAACGAGCACAGUUAAAAAAAAUUUGGGCUGGACGAAGGGCAGGACUGAAAGAGACUAAAACUGAACCACGGAGAAAAGCUACAAAUCAGCAGAAGAGUCAGACGUCCAUAACUUUUUGGCAUUCAGUGUUAUUUGUCCUCUGAGUGAACAGCAGGAUUUCCCUCCUUCCUUUUUUUUCUUUUUAAGAAACAAAAAUCAUUCCUAUUAAAAAUACAAAAUCACUGAAACGUGCAGAACAUUUGACUUUUAAAAUAUUAGCUGGAAAAGACAAGUUACUGGUAAAACGAAAUCAAAUCUAUUAUUUCCUCCUUGAAAACUCAGGUUGGAUUUAUCAUACCUUCAAGAUGUUUUUGAAUUUGGAUUAUGAAAUUAAACUAAAGAAUCUAAAAAUGAUUUUUGAAAUGUUUUAAAAUCUAAUUUUCUAAUCCGAGUCUCCGGCUGGUUUCUUAUUUCAAGAAACCUGGUUAUCUCCAAGUCGCUAACUGAGCAGGUUUUCCCAAGUUUGAGUCUUCUGGCUCUGUCAGACACACUCUGAAGACGUAGGAGUAUUAAUGAGCUAAUCUGAAACAUUUCUAUGCUAGCUUUAACUGUCGGGAAGAAAAGGUUGCCAAAAUAUCCUGAAGAAAGCAGACUGAAUGUAAAAACUCACGUCCCACUUUUCCUGGAUUCUGUUGUUUUGUUUUGAUAUACAUUGUGCUCCCUGGUACAAAAGAUUUCUAUAUUUUUCCAGGUAAAUAAUGCCAUUUCCAUAAACAUCUGGUAUAACAGGUUUCCUGCAUUUAGUUUAGUUUUUAUCCAAUUCUCUGCAGCUGAUCCUGAAAGUUGCAUAAAGCCUGUUGUCCACUGGGAACUCCUGCUGUCAUUUCCUUCUGCCUCGCUUUCUGAAGCAUGUUCAACAAUCCUCUUUAAAUGCCAACCGUAGUAUCUGCAGGAAACCACAAACAGAAGGUACAAUCAGCACAAACAUACAGCAUCCAGGACUCUGAGCAGAGCUGGAGAAAUCUGGGACAAAACUGCGACAAAAAGGAGGAGGUUCAUAAAGCAGUGGCUUGUGUUUAACUGUGAACAAUAAAGAUCGUCUUCAAUGUUUUGCACUACAA